CACAGUAUAAAUCUGUGUAAUACCGAGCACGAACUGUGGGAGGCAGCAAUACGCUGAUGGGCGUCUAGACUGCCGAAAAGCCAAAAGAAGAAGAAGAAGAAGAAGAAGAAGAAGAAGAAGAAGAACUCCGGUGCAGUGGUCAGGACUAACCGGCAGGUGGCGCCGGUGAGCUGCUGUCAGUCAUGUGUGAGUCAGAGGAGAGAGCGGUGAAGAAGGGAACUUUGUUUCCAGCCGGUUGCUGUUUGGACUGAAAAUACUGGGAAGGAAAUGACAGCUGUGUAAGUACACCGAGUUUAGUCAUUAACACUUCACCGAAAUAUAUUUAACUAUCAAUCUCUAACCAGUUUAUCAGGGCUUUGGUUACUCUACAGUCAACAGUUAGUGGAAACCUGGGCGGUGUGUGAACUAGUAGCCACGUUAGCAGCAUGAUAGCAAACUGAAGAGAGCUAAGAAGCUAACCUUUCAGUGAGGAGCUGGGUUUAUACUUGUUUUUUUGUUGAAUAGAAUAUGAUCUACCUGACACACUUCAACGUAUAAAGCUGUUAUUUAAGGUAUGCUGUCUUUACUGUGGAGUUUUAAUGUCACCGAGUGGAAAUGUGUGCAGGUGUCGUGUCGCAAAUACAGCGUUUAGUUUUAGACUUCUCUGUUUGCUUGUGUUUUUUUAAUGUAUAAAUAGACAACGCAAACCGCGACUAUAUUAAUACGAACCAACCGUUUUUAAAGUCAUACUGGUAGAUAUUAAAACGGGUAACAGCUUUGCUACUCUUGGGAAAUAGUGUUUUUACUGGUUUCAAAGGUCAGAGCAGGUUAUUUUUAGCUGCCGACGGGCUUUUCUUCUACUCACUGAACGUCUGAUCUGUUUCACUCCAGCUUUCACUGGACCACAGGUUAGUCUGGCUUCAUGGGUUUCACUCGAGCAGGGGUCCAUCACUGCUGACCCGGUGAGCUGAGGUCGUCUAAGGGUCCCAGCAGCAGCAGCGUUUCAAAGACGGCUAAAGUCACAGAUUUUAAAGAUUUAUAAGUAAAUUAGAGCCCAAUAUUUCAUUGGAAAAAGAGAAAAAAACUCAUAAUAAAUGUUGAAAUUGAACAACUUUGAUUUUUUUGGGGCUCAUUUUAGAUUCAGUGCCAGCAACAGUAGUUUUUAUUUUUAUUUAAUUAUAAACAAACAAGGCACUUAUUUAUCAUAAAAGAAUGUUAUAGAAUAUUUGCCUUAGAUUGAGCAUGAAUAACAUCGAAAAAGAAAAAAAAAAAACACAAUUUCAAUGUUAGAGCCCAUUCUAUAUCAAUUUCUAGUCAAGAAAAUAGGAGUAGGGCUUUCUUUUCUGUAACAGGUUUUAAGGAUUUACAAAAAAGCAACAGUCAGUUACUAGAGUUACUAAAUCACAGCUCUGACAAACAGAAUCAUGAGGAGUGAUCGUGUGAAGGUAACUGUGUGAGGGACGGGUCAGAUUGCACAACAUCACCGACAAACAGGUCGACCCAGCCAUGAUCAUUUGGCAGGGAUUACUGUCAGGUAUUCAGUAACCUCUGUUUGAUUAUGACACAGUUACGUGACAACAAUCAAGUAAUGUGCAAAAAAUACCUUGGGAUGCACAGUAUUGUUUUUUUUUUAUUUUUUAUUUAUUUAUUUAUUUAUUUAUCUUUUGCUGACAUCAAAUAUUCUGAUGCUUUUGGUUUCAGUUAUACUGAUAUCAUACCAACUAUAAUGUGCACACUUAAAACCCUUAAUUCAUGAACUCUAGGAGCUCAGGGAACCAGCUGGAUUUCUUUUCUAACAUCCUACUGCACUCCAAUUUUCCCGAAUUUACACAAAAUCUUUUUGAAAAAGUUUAAAUGUGAACCAAACUGUGUCAUUUACAAUUUCAAAUGUGCGUCUCACUGAACAAGCAACUAACUUUUAUUUCCUGUUUUUAUUUUUCUACUGGCAUGAUGUCAACUAUCAUGACGUCAACAAUCUUAAAUAAAUAUAUGAUAAAUAUAAAAGUGAUUAAUUAGAUAACAAAAACUCCCCCUCCCAAAAAAGAAAAAAAAUGUUUGAAAAUAUAUAUGUAGUGUAUAUUGUUAUUUCUGCGUUUAUAAAGCUAGCACUAACUGCAGAGUCGCCCUCCCCACCUCUUUGUGUGGUCAAACUAGUGCUGAUACCCAAGCGCAUAUUUGCUCCAGCUGACUGUUGUUAUCCUCUCGCCAGUACGGGAGCCAAUUUUUUACAGUCUUGGCCACAUUUCCUCUUAAUCUUAAUGUUAAAAAAGCAGAGAAUUGUUUUCUUGCUGGUUUCGUUGCGCAUACUCAACAGGCUGGCAGAUCCCACCGUUUCCUUGUUGCUUUUUGGGAUUGAGUAAUAAGACAAGAUUAGAUGAUACUUUCUUUUUCCACUGCUGCAAAAUUUGCAUUUGUUAAUUUCGAAAAAGAAGUCUUAUUGGAUUAUUUAAUGAAUCGCCAUAAUAACUGAUAGAGUAUUCAAUUACUAAUAUGUUAGAUUAUCACAGUCUUAGAGAGUGGUGAUCAAUAUCAUGGCUGUGAUGGAAGACAGAGCAGGAAGACGUACAGCGCAGAUAACAAUCAGGAAGCAGCGUCUUAUUUGUCUUUUUCCCAGCUUUGCCUUCUCCCUGCUGCUCUCUUUCUUUAGCUCUCUCUUUCUCUCUCUCUUUUAGCUCUUGGUAGCUUUGGGUUUUAUAAUAUUCUGUGUUUUUUGAUACUUUCAAACACAAGAAAAGCAGCACUUGCAGAGCUUUAAAGCUCAUGGUAAAAAAAAGUAUUUGCAAAGUAUUAAAAGUUGAGUUUGAGUUUUGGUUCGUUAGUCAAACAAAAGAAACAUGUUGAGACCUCUUCAGCCUGAGGAAGGCGUUCUGUAAAUAUUUCACAGUCACUGAUGGUUCAUUUAGCUCUGUGGGAUUUUUUUUUCUCUCUUGAGGUUUUUUUUUAAAUAUUCCUCCUCUUGUUUUCAGGCUGUCUGGUGUCGUCCGGGCGGUGACUGACUGACCGACAGAUGCCUUCAGCAUGAUGCUGAGCUGCAGCGCUCUGCUCGUUGCCCUCCUGCUGUCUCAGGUCAGAGGCUUCCUGAACUCCUCAGAGGAGGACGGCAUCCCUGAGGAGUGGGUUCUGCUUCACGUGGUCCAGGGCCAUAUCGGCGCCGGGAACUACAGCUACCUACGCCUCAACCACGAUGGCAGAAUCAUCCUACACAUGCAGAGCCUCAAAGGAGAUGCCGACCUCUACGUGUCCGAUAAAACUUUGCGUCCGAGCUUCGACACCUACAAGCUGCAGUCGGUCACUUGUGGGCAGGACGUGGUGGUGGUGCCGGGGGACUUUGCCCGUCCUGUGGGCAUCGGCAUCUACGGCCACCCAUCACACAAGGAGAGCGAGUUUGAGAUGCGAGUGUUUUACGAUCAGACGGUUCCCCUGGACCCGUUCGAUAAGGGCUCAUACACUCCAGGUGACGAACACAAACAGAAGAAAUCCACUCAGGAAGCAGAGGAGGACUUUGAGGAGGAGGAGUCGAUAUUAUGGACAAUUCUUAUUGGACUUUUGAAAAUCAUUCUGGAGAUUCUUUUUUGAAAAUGCUUUUUCUGUUAUGAUUCAUGAAAGAAUGUCUUUUUUUUUUUCAUUUUGUAAGGAGGAGAGAAAUGUCACCAAACUCCAUUUGAACAUCUAUAUUUUAAAAGUUUUCCCUCCUGAUCAAACACAUGAUUAUAACAGCACAGAUGAGUUUAAAAAGAUGAUGCUUCACAUCAGUUCACAACGACCAGACUGAUUUCUGAGUUGACUGGAAGCCUGAAAACAAUGAAAUAGUUUAAAAGGAUGGUAUACAAACCUGUGAUUUCACCAAAGCUGAAGAUUUAGUUUAUUUAGAAGUCUGUGACAGCGAAGAAGCUGCUGAUUAGUACUUUAAUGUUCCUUUAUCCACUGUUUCAGGAAACACUGACGUCACAACUUUUCUAUCAGUCUGUUAACUUUAAGAGCAAGUUCUGGUCCAGUGUUUUCAGCUCAUUUUAUGUUGUUGAUGUUUUUUUGCCUGUUGGACAAGCUCUUGAUCCUGCAUUUAAGUUCAGUUCAGAGAAAAGUUGCAACCACUGAGCAGAAAUGUUCAACAGUGCCUUCAGAUCAGAUCUCUGCUGUCAAGUCAUUCAGGUCUCUGAAUAAAGCAGCUGUCAUGCAGACUGUUAACAGAUGUUGUGUCUGGUUGGGUCUUUUGUUUCAGGUUUGAGGUCUAACUCGGUGUGACGAUGUGUUUGACCCUGAACUAAUUUUACACCGGAAUAUCCCUUUAAUUAGAGGCGGGGGUAAAUGUCCUGUAUUACAACAUUGUUUUUACUCCAACAUAGAAUUAAUCAGACUGAGGGCUGUCAGUGAUUACGUGUGAAUCACAAUGCAAUAAAGGUCCCAAAUUACCAUGUUAAUGAUUUUUAAUGAAGCCCUAUUGUGGCACACCUUUACACUCACAGCUGACUAACCCUGCUUUUGUUAUUUAAUGGUUCAUUGUUACAUUGAGCUCUUAUCCGUGACCUAAGCAUACAGGUGCAGCCAAUCAGACUGAUCAAGCACAAAAGCUGACUGAGCAUUAUUUUGGAGUUUCAAUCCCCACAGAGCUGCAGAUGAUGCUGAAUCCUAGAGUUAAUGACAGCACUACUAGACGUGUCAAAUGACAGCAAGCCAGUCCACACUGGAAGAUCCAGUAAGUCUUAGUAAAGAACAGCAUGUUCAGCCUUAGAGGACCCAUAUGCAGUACUCAAGCUGUGAAAUGAAAAUGGUAAAAAUCAUCCCCCUUCCAAAAG